AUGCCGAAGGAGGAUGUAUUAUAUGUAGAGGAAGUUAUUGAGCGUAUGGAAGAUGAAAAAUUACGUUUACUACAGAAUCAAUCAGUAACAAGGCAUGAUCCUAAUGUUCGUGGACGUCACUCAGUGGUCUGUCGUCAUUGGAUUCGUAAUAUGUGUAUGAAAGGUGACUUUUGUGAUUUUUUACAUCAGUACGACUAUGAAAGAAUGCCACCCUGUUUCACAUACCAAAAAUAUGGAGUAUGUGUAGAUGAAGCAUUGGGGAAUUGCCCAUUCAAACAUAAGGCAGACGAAACACCAUUAUGCGCUCAAUACUUUCUUGGAUUUUGCAAAUUCGGCCCUAAAUGUAAAAGAAGGCAUGAACCAAAAGCAAGGCAUGAGAUACCUGAUUUUUUACCGGACUCAUUCUUACAAACUAUUAUUGUCGACAAGAGUUUAAUACCUAAAAUGGAUCCUGAAACUUUAUCUAUCGUGAAAUUGUUAGAAGAUAUUUGCAAAGACAACUAUGCUCAGGCUAUAUGUACAGACUCUACAGUGAAUAGCUCCUCGAAGUAA